AUGCGCUGUGGCUGCCUGGCCGAGGGCGUCCCCGCCACCCCUGGCAACUACUGGAUCUCAGGCCUGGCCUUCCCUGACUGGGCCUACAAGGCCGAGUCGGCCCCAGGUUCCCGGCAGAUCCAGCUGUGGCACUUCAUCCUGGAGCUGCUACAAAAGGAGGAGUUCCGCCAUGUCAUCGCCUGGCAGCAAGGAGAGUAUGGAGAGUUUGUCAUCAAGGAUCCGGAUGAGGUGGCCCGCCUCUGGGGCCGCAGGAAAUGCAAACCACAGAUGAAUUAUGACAAGCUGAGCCGGGCCCUCAGAUAUUACUACAACAAGAGGAUUCUGCACAAGACCAAAGGCAAAAGAUUCACGUACAAGUUCAACUUCAGCAAGCUCAUUGUAGUCAACUACCCUCUGUGGGAAGUGCGGGUGCCGCCAUCUCCCCACCUUCUUCUGGGGGCCCCUGCCCUGUGUCGACCAGCCCUGGUGCCCAUGGGUAUGCAGAGUGAGCUGCUAAACGGUAUGUUGUUCACUCAUCGGGCCACAGUGGAGCAGUUAGCUGGACAGUGGGCCCCCCGGGGAUCCCCAGAGGCACCUGGAGACAAGAAGGGGAACAGCAGCAGCACCCACCGACUUGGCUCUGCCUCUGGCCCUUGCCAGCUGGGCUUUUGCUGCCAUUUGGGGAGCGUCCAAGGCGAGCUGCCCAGUUUUGCCUCCCUUGCCCCUCCCCUCCUGUCCCCUUUCCCCUCUGACUGGACCCGCCUUUCAGGACCCUUCUUGCCCUCUCUGGCCUCAGAGCAGCAGCUGCCAGGAGCCAAACCAGACACACUGCUCUCAGGCCCUGGCUGCCCCCCAGGGGCCUGGCAUUUUCCCGGGCUUCCCCUGCUGGCCGGGCUGGGCCGGGAUGCUGAUAACAGACUUCAGCACCUGUCCCCUGGGCCUGUGGGGCUAGAGGUAAAGCCUGACCCCAUGAUGCGGGAGCAGGGGGCCCUGGAUCCCAGCAAGGGUUUCUCCUCAGAGAUCCGUACUCUCAAAACUUGGAAGGAGAGCCCCGAGUCCUCCAGUCUGAAGAACUUCAAAGCAGCAUGGCCUUUGGACCCUCCUUAA